ACCAGAGGAGGGUGGGAGAGUGACCAGAGGAGGAAGAGUCGCUUUCACAAGUCACAGGCAACAGGAAGAAUAACAAGUUCCCCUUUAAGCAGAAUCAGAGAGACAGACGCCCAGCCAUGGACAGGAGGCCGGAUAUGGGAGGGGUCCCAGCAGCCCCUGACCGGGUGAGGGAUCUCCAGAGUGAGGUGGAGGGAGUAAAGAAUAUCAUGUCCCAAAAUGUGGACAGAAUUCUGGCUCGGGGGGAGAAUCUGGAUCAUCUGAGGAAUAAAACAGAAGACCUGGAAGCGAGCUCUGAACACUUCAAGACCACUUCCCAGAAGGUUGCCCGCAAGUACUGGUGGAAAAAUGCAAAGAUGAUUGCCAUAAUCUGUGUGGUGGUUGGUAUCAUUGUACUCCUCAUCAUCCUCCUCGCCACUGGAGUCAUCCCCACAUAAAUAUUGUAGCUAGCCAAACAGGCUGUUCAGCCAAUGAGGACUCACGAUUACCUUUCACUUCCUCCUGCCUGAUGAUCCUCAAGCCAAUGGAGAGAUGCCAGUCAGACUCAUUAUUAUCCUUCGGAUGCCUCUGAUCAGCUAGAUUCAAUUUUUCCUUGUGUGUUGGCUUGUUCCACUGGGGUCAGCGUAACACAUUUUCUAGAAUUUAUUGUACAUUUUCUUUCUACACAUAAAGGUUUAAUUCUGAUUCUGGCAAAUAAAAAUAUUUAGGUUUA